AUGAUGCUGGUUGUUGUGGAACAUUCGGAAGCAUCUCCCACAACAAUAGCAGUUGCUGGUAGUGUGGGUAAUACAGACGAGGCUUGGAAUUUUCCACUGUAUGGUACGGGUAUAUUUGUGGUGCCAAACAGUGAUCCUUCAUUAUUGCCAACUUUUUAUGUUUCUGAUGGAAAUUUGUGUGUUGUGAGACAGAUCAUUGGAAAUCAAAGUCGAGUGGUGGCAGGAACAGGUGAAUGUUUACCAAACGGUGCUGAUUCAGUUCCUGGAACAGAAUCUACCUUGUAUGGACCUACGAAUAUGUAUUAUGAUGCUACUACAGAUUUUCUCUACAUUUUGGAUUCGUCAUCUAUUAGAUUAUUGGACAUGAAGAGUGGAAUAAUUUCUAAAAUGCUCAUUACAUUCAUUAUACCCCUAUUAAGCAAUAAUCCUAAUAAUGAUGGAAUUAACGGACCAAAUGGAAUAAUGUACACGCCAAAUGGUGAUCUUUAUAUCGCCAGUCAAGGAAACAACAAAAUAAUGAAAUACAGUAAUUCACAAUUGAGUACUGUUGCUGGAAAUGGUUAUGCAGGUUAUUCAGGCGAUGGAGGACCAGCCAGAAAUGCCAAGUUGAACUAUCCUGCAGAUGUUACAGUUUCCUCCACAGGUGAAGUUUAUAUUGCAGAUUGGGGAAAUAGAGCUGUAAGAAAAGUUUUUAGAAAUGGAACAAUUAUUACUCUUAUUGUUAGUGGUAACGGACUGUCUGAAUUGAAUGGUGUUACAUUGACACCAAAUGGAGAUUUGUUGUAUUCAACACAAUUAUGGGUCAAGCUGUAUAUGGAGGGAGAUUCAGGAAGUUGUAUUGAUAAGAAUACAUGCAAUAAUCAUGGCAGUUGUGUGAAUGGAAAGUGUGUUUGUGAUAGUGGAUGGAGAGGAAAUUUGAAUUGUGGAACAUUUUCAUGUGACAUUACACCACCACCUCAUUCUUCACAAUGUAUUGGUCCAAAUCAAUUUUCUUGUCAAGAUGGGUGGACAGGAUUAAAUUGCCAGGAACCAGUUUGUUUUGGAACUCCAGCAAGCACCACAACAGUAUGCAGUUCACAUGGUCAAUGCAUUUCCAAUAAUACAUGUAAUUGUGUGAGUGGAUGGAGAGGCAAUUCAGAUUGUAGUGCAUUUUCAUGUGACAUUACACCACCACCUCACUCUUCACAAUGUAUUGGUCCAAAUCAAUUUUCUUGCCAGGAUGGAUGGACAGGACUAAAUUGCCAGGAACCAGUUUGCUUUGGAACUCCAGCAAACACCACAACAGUAUGCAGUUCACACGGUAAAUGUAUUUCCAAUAAUACAUGUAAUUGUGUGAGUGGAUGGAGAGGCAAUUCAGAUUGCAGUGCAUUUUCAUGUGAUGUAAAAUCUGAACAUGGAGAGUAUUGUAUUGGACCUAAUACCUACAAAUGUCAAGAUGGCUGGAUUGGUGAUUUAUGUGACAUUCCACUUUGUAAUGGAAUUCCAGCAAAUAAUCCAGCAGUUUGCAAUUCACACGGACAGUGCAUUUCCAAUAAUACAUGUAAUUGCUUUAGUGGAUGGAGAGGAAAUAGUAUUUGCACUCAAUUUACAUGUGAUGGUGUCAAUAAUUGUCAACCUCAUGGUCAAUGCAUUUCUAAUAAUACUUGUAAAUGUAGUACUGGUUAUGGUGGAAAUGGAUGUAACGAUAGAAUGUGCUUUGGUAAAUGGGGUCAAGCAGGUUGCAGCAAUAAUGGAUAUUGUUCAAAUACUGACAAGUGCAGUUGUUUCCCUCUCUAUUUUGGACAACAAUUGUCAUUGUUAGGAAAAACAACAACAACAAAAUCAUCAUCAUUAGACAAUCAACAAAAUUUAGAAUCAUCCACUCGUAUUCUUCUGAUGACGGAAAGUUCUUCUAUCAUCAUUACUUACAAUAAUAUUAAUUACUCCAUCACUACCAAUUCUUCAUCAUCAGACGCAAUUCCAUGCUACUACAAUGAUGCCAAUUCCUUCUUCUUUGGCAUGACAUUCUCCCUCCCGAAAGAACAUGCUCAGCUCGAACUCAUCCUCGGAGGAGUAAUGAUUCCCUUCAUCAUUCUCGUUGUUGGUUGUUUGUGUUGUUUACCUCUGUCCAUGUCAUGGAUUUGUAUGAAGGAGGAUAUUAUGGAGAGGAAGCAGAAGGUAGAUUUUCAUAAAUUGGACUCUACUUGGGAUGAAUAA